AUGGACUUCCUCAAAACGAAAAAUAUCACUGUCAAUCUGCUCGAAGAACCGAACUUGAUUAUGACCAAAAUGGAUCCACCUUUGGCUAUUCUUGCUUCGUUAUGGUUCUAUAUGACACCGCAGCCGCCAAAGCCAGCAAUGCAUGAUAUUGUUAUGGGAACAUGGAACAGUGGCUCCAAAAAUGCUGCCGCUGGUUACACGGGCCCAAUUUUCGGGCCCACUAGUCUCAUUAUCAACAACGAAUGCAACGGAGAGGAUUUAGAAGAGCCAGGAGGUGAGUGA